AUGGUGUUACCGGCAUCCCCAAGGGGCCGCUGUCCCCUACAAUAUGACCGGCUUUACCAAUUUGGCGCAGACGAAGAAGUGGGCGAGCGUGAUGGGGGACAUUUCCCACCAAUGGAGAACAUUGCUGCUUUCAAACCCGUGUCCACCUCCCCUGCUCGUUCUACCUGUGGGGUUCCGGAUCGGAGCGUCUACUGCCAGACGGCUUUUUCACAGGCUGAGCUUUUCAUGUGCCAUCAGGCCUCCUGCGACCAGGAGUGUCCCUAUAGAUCCUCCACGCCACCUUAUGCCCCACUGCUACUGCCUGCGUACAGGGGUGCAUGUGUUACAGAAGACUCUAAAGACACCCAUCCUCUAAUCCAUCAGUCGCCAGAGUUGGACAAUUUGUCCACCUCUUUGUCAAGUGGGGUUUCAUCUGUAUCUGGGAGUGUUCUGUUUCCUCAAGGCCAGCAGGAAUGUCUUCUGUCUCCUCCCUCUCAGAAGCUGGGCACUUCAGGAUCACUCACACUGGCAUUAUGGAUUAAACCAAGUUCCCUCGGAGAAAUGAUGUUGCUAGAGAAAAAGUCAAGGGACCAGUUGGUUUUUUCUGUGACCGUGUCGGAACUAGUUGUCAGUAUGAAAUACACUCAGUCCAGAAGUUCAACUCCGCUUUCUGUCAGCUUCAGAACAGAGGGACGACUUGUGAUGGACAGGUGGACACACAUUGUUUUACAGAUACAUGACAGACAUGUCAGCCUUUUCCUGAAUGGGCUCGAGGAGGAUGGAACACCUUUUGAGACCCAGUCACUGGCCGGCAGAUUGUAUGACAGCAGUGACGACAGCACCAUGAGAGUGGGACUUAGCUCGAAAGGGUCCAAUCAGUUUAUGGGACGGAUGCAGGACUUUAGAUUUUAUCCGGCCACUUUGACGAACAGGGAGAUAGUGGAGAUUUAUUUAGGUGUCCUACCACAGCUCCAUACCCAGUCUGAGUGUCGCUGCCCUCCCACUCAUCCCAGAGUGCAUCCUUUGGUAGAACGAUAUUGUAUUCCCAAUGCUGUUGAGGACACCACCAAUGACCGAGUCUUAAGGCUAAACCCCAAUGCACACCCACUCCCUUAUAUUAACGAUAAGGACAUGGGCACCACGUGGCGCUCAAACCUUAUGACCACACAGGAAUUGGACAAAAGGUUCACUGUUACUAUAGAUUUUGCAAAUGGACAGUACCAGGUGUUCUAUGUCAUAAUUCAGUUUGGUGGCCCAUUGCCCGAGUCACUUUUGAUCCAAAGGCAAAGACUCCCUAAUCAACAGAACACCACCAACACAGAGCAGUCAUGGUUAGACUGGCAAUACUUGGCUAAAGAUUGCAGUGUGUUCAAGAUGCAGAACAACGGCCCACUCCUGACACCAAGCUCGGUCAAUUGUCUCCAACUGCCAAGCGAGAGACACUAUUCUGGAGGUAACAUCACAGUCAGCCUGCUGAGCCCUGAGCCAAAUAUGAGACCAGGCUACAAUGAUUUUUAUAACACCCCGAUACUUCAGAAGAUGGUACAGGCCACUCAGGUCCGUAUACAUCUUGGAGGACAGUACCACACCAGAACUGCCGGGGUGGACCACCGACACAGACACUAUACCAUCAAAGAAAUCACUAUUAGUGGCAGAUGUGAGUGUAAUGGGCAUGCAGAUCACUGCGAUACCAGUUUAUCCCCCUACCGUUGCCUGUGUCUGCCUGAAAGCCACACUGAGGGAAACAAUUGCCAGCGUUGUGCACCCCUCUACAAUGACAAACCCUUCCGACCAGGUGAUCAACUACAGCCAAUGAACUGUCGGCCCUGCCAGUGCCAUGGCCAUGCACGCUCUUGUCAUUAUGAUGCACGAGUUGAUGAGCAACCAACAAAACAAUAUCUUGGAGGAGGAGGAAUUUGUGACAACUGCACGCACAAUACAAUGGGGAGGUACUGUGAGAUCUGUAUAAAUGGCUUUUACCGACUGGAGCAGUCAGAUCCUUCUUCAGUACAUGUAUGCAAGCCUUGCAAAUGCCACAUUGCUGGAACUGUCAAUGGUAGCACUGAAUGUUUCCAGGUUGGAGGCCAGUGUCGGUGCAAAGCUGCUGUAACAGGUCGGCGCUGUGCAGACUGCUCACCUGGCUGGUACAGACUUGAAGCUUCCAAUCCAGAAGGCUGCAUUCGCUGUAACUGCAGUGACAUGGGCACCAUCAGCUCCUCCACAGGAAGUGUUGUCAGCUGCAACCAGCAUACAGGACAAUGCCAAUGCAAAGCCCAUGUGACAGGUCUGUCUUGUGAUCGUUGUGAAUUUGGUUAUUGGAACCUGUCCAAUGCAGACGGCUGCAUCCCAUGCGACUGCGACCCCUCAGGAUCUCUCAGCCCGUUCUGUGAGCCGGAGGGAGGGCAGUGUGAGUGUAAACCUGGGGUGGGAGGGCAGCGCUGUGAUUCAUGUGGCCGCGGUUUGACUGGUUUGAGGCUAGAGGGAACAUGCACCCCUUGCAACUGCUCAGAAGAAGGAACAGUACCUGGGACAGACUGCGAUCCUUACACAGGCCAUUGUUUAUGCAAGAAACAUGUGGAAGGCCGUCUUUGUGACUCUUGUCGUCAUGGUUAUCACACCUUGGAGCUCCGAAACUCUUUGGGGUGUCUGCCAUGUUCAUGUGACAUCACCGGCACUAUGCUGGAAGGCGUGUGUAAUAAGCUGACUGGGCAGUGCCCGUGUAGAGAGGGGGUGGAGGGGAUGCAGUGCACUAACUGUGCCCCUAACUACUUCAACACAAGUUUGGAUAUGCAAAAUGGGCCAUUCCUAGGCUGCGUACCAUGCAUAUGCGACCCGAGAGGAACAGUGGUUGGCUCAGUGUGUGAUAGCACUACAGGUCAAUGUGUGUGCACGCCAACACGCCAUGGAAAAAACUGCAGCGCAUGCCGACCUGGUUUUUACCUUUCUCCAGAUCAGAGUAUGUGUGUGGAGUGUGACUGCCAUCCCAUGGGGGCAGUCCAACGCAAGUGUGAAAGUCAAACUGGCCGGUGUGUGUGCGCCCAUCCCUCGGUAGGAGGCCGACGCUGUGACCGCUGUCAGGAGACUUUCUUUGGAUUCAACCCUGGCCUAGGAAGAUGCCAACCAUGUGAUUGUGACCCUAUUGGCAGUGUCAAUGGCUCCUGUAAUUCCGAAUCAGGACUGUGUGACUGUAAGCUGCUGGUUACUGGGGACAAAUGUGACACAUGUCAACAUGAUGCAAGCCAUUUAAGUGCAGAGAACGUCUAUGGCUGCAGUAAAGCCCCAUCUCAGCAACCUGCCCCUGUAGCUUUUGCUCUCAGCUUUUCUUCCAUUAAUCUGACUUGGCAUCAGCCUGACUCCCCAAACUCAAACAUACUCAACUACACACUCAUAAGGGACUCGCAACCGCUGCACAGCAUACUGCGCAGCUAUCCUUUCCAGCCUGAAUCAUACACAGACUCUGGUUUGUCUCCUUACACCAACUAUUCCUACUGGCUUAUUACGGCUAAUAUUGCCGGUGAGACAAUUAGCGCAACCGCUCCCUACCAAACUUUAGGCGCACCACCUUUAUUGGAUCAGCUCCAUUUAAACCUUGUAGGACGACCUGGCUCUACCAGUGCUAGCUUUAACUGGAGCGUACCACUAAAUAACACAGGCCCGGUGGAGAGGUUUGUGUUGUCCUCCACGGAAUCCUCUAGCGGAGCAAAGCCUGUCAUCCAUUACACAGGUUUAUCGACUGAGGCCAUGGCAAGUGGUCUAAAAGCAUUCACCCAGUACACUGUCACUCUUGAGGCAUGUUCAUCUGGAGGCUGCACUUCCACUUUACCUUUGUCACUCCUGACAGCGGCUGCCCCCCCACAAAACCAAUCCCCACCCAAGGUCACUGCUACUGGACCUCACACCCUUUUUGCUUCAUGGGAGCCUCCUGCUCACCCAAACGGAGUUAUCACAAGGUAUGAGCUUUUUUUACGGGGGCCGGUGAAGCCUCAAAGCCUGUCACCUCCGACUGGUGGAAAAAAAGUAUUUGUCAGCACUGGAUGGCUGGAUCCAACCAUCCCGUCUCAAGCACCGCUCAGCAAUAGAAGCACAGCUUUGCCCCCUGAGAACAGCACAAUUGUGGCUGGUCUGCAGGCCUUUUCCACCUAUCAGAUGAGAGUCGUUAGUGUCAACAUGGCAGGAAAUGUCACAUCAGGGUGGACCACCACACACACAAUGGAGGGAGCUCCAGAAUGGAUGGCUCCUCCAGAUGUCACUGCACUGUCCUCCACCAGUCUAAAGGUCACAUGGAGUACUUUGGAAGGUCAAGGGGUCAUCGCCAGAGGGCAGGUCAUAGAAUAUCAUGUCAAUUUGCUGGUUGAACAGACAAACAACACCUAUUCUCCUCCAGUUAUCAGCCAGGUACUGCAACGGUUUGGACCCUUAGACCAGCCCCUUUAUAUAGCAAAGGGGUUGAAGCCUUACCAUGUGUACAACUUCACUGUGACGGUCUGCACUAAAAAAGGCUGCAUUACCAGCAUUGGACGAGCUGGUCGGACCCAACCAGCAGCUCCAAAGGGAUUUUCCCCACCUCGACUGUUCCCAGUGAAUGAAAGCACCAUUCAGAUAGAAUGGGAUACCCCGGCUCAACUCAAUGGACCGCACCCGAUGUACCAGGUGGAGAGGACAGACGUGUCUCUUUCUGACCCAGGAGGUCCUUUCACCAGAGGCACCAGGUUCUCUGGCAGUAGUUACUACCAGUUUCCCAGUGACACCCUGCCCGUUAACACUGAAUUCACUGGUGUUGAAUUAAGUUUCAAGACUCACUCACCAGAUGGCUUGCUGCUCUGUGCCAUGUCUCCUGGAAAGCAGGAAGAAUUUCUGGCUAUUCAGAUUGAAAAUGGACGUCCUUACUUUCUGUUUGACCCUCAGGGCGCAAUGGUGGCUGUUAGUGCACAAGGGGACGGGGGCCGCCUCUACAAUGAUGGAAAAUGGCACCACAUCAUGGCCAAAAGGCGAGGGGCCGUGGGAACAAUCGUUGUGAACAAUCAAUACAGAGGUAGUUCUUCAGCCUCCAGUGGCAGCACUAUAAUUGGUGAAAAUACAGGAGUGUUUAUCGGAGGACUACCGGAAGAUUUCAUUCUGCGACGGAAAGAUUCAGGGGCUGCCCAGUUGAUGCGACAGGGGUUUUCUGGUUGCCUGAGAGAUGUGCGUUUCAAGAUGACUGACAGCCCCUUGGAGGAGUGGAGAUCUCUGGACUGGACUAAAGCCACAAAUAAAAUGUCAGCCUAUGAAAGCUGGGAGGGAUGCCCGAUUCAUACUGCUGAAGGAGCCCAUUUUCUGGGUCAUGGUUACCUGGAGUUAAACAGAGAUGUGUUUAGCGGAGGAAAGGACUUUGACAUCUCAAUGCACUUUAGAACAGAUCAUCUCAAUGCACUUUUGUUCUUUGCAUACAAUACACAGACGGAUGAUUUUAUCCUGGUGGAGCUGAAGGGCGGCCUCCUCUCAUUUGUUCUCUCAGUCGACAGUCACGUGACUGAGUUAAGCAUGUGGGCGGGACUUAGCUACUGCGAUGGAGACUGGAAGCAGCUUUCACUGGGAAAGCGUGGCUCACUACUCUCAGCUGCUGUCGAUGACUGGGCAGAGCAGACGAAAGGACCAGAUGCAAUGGGAAGGCUUAGGGUUGACUCACCAUUAUACUUGGGUGGCGUGCCUGGUCAGCUCACACAUAGAGCUCUGGACAUCCACAGUCACAGACAUGGCUUUGGUGGUUGCAUAAGAGGCCUCACCAUUCAAAGUGAUAAAACAAGCCCCCUUGCCAGUCAAAUUGUUAAUCUGUCUGUAGCCUCAGGACGCUCUGUUAGAAUCUACCUCGAUGGUUGUCCUAACAGUGAAAGUCGUUACAACUGCAGGGGCAAUGAUUCCGUGUUGGCCUUCACUGGUAGAGUGACACAUGCCUUUGAUUACAGUCUACAGCCAUUCACUGAAUACUUGUAUAGGAUCGUAGCUUUGGGCGCAGGAGGCUGGGCAGCCUCGCCUUGGCAAAGAGGACGCAGCCGUGGUAAAGUACCAAGCACCAUUCCACCUCCUUCUGCAGUGCAGAUUUUGAAUGGGUUCAGUGUCAAGGUGAGCUGGGCUCCACCCACUGGUGAUGUUAGAGGUGUGAUUGACAGGUAUGUGUUGAAAGCAUACCUGAGAGAGCAGCCAGAGAUGCCACCUGUCAAAGCAGUAUACCUGGCGAAUGGAAAUUUUACAGGUGUUUUGUCCAGUCUCACGCCAUCCACUGAAUACGUGGUCACUAUAAGUGCUUGUAUUGCAACGGGCUGCACAGAGAGUAUACACGACAGUGACAUGACUGAUUUAAGAUCAGUCCUCAAAACUCCCGAGGAAGCUCCUGAUGCCGUCUCUGCUCCAUCUGCACUCUCAUUUCCCUCAGCUCUUUUUGUCACCUGGAAACCACCAGCAAGGCCCAAUGGAGUCAUUACACAGUACCGGCUCUAUCAAAAUAACCAAAUGGUCUACAGCGGAAAGGAGAGACACCACAACAUUACUGGACUUGGCAUCUAUACCGCACACGUCCUGCUGCUGUCUGCGUGCACUGCUGCAGGAUGCACCAACAGUUCAAAGGUCACAAAGUUAACCUCUCAGCUUCCACCUGGGCCGUUACGAGCACCAACCCUGACCUUGCUCGACUCACGGACCAUUCUGGUGGAGUGGACUCGACCUUCUGAAAUCAAUGGUGUUCUAAAGUCCUAUUCCAUCUUCGUAUCCGAAGGCGGGGCAGAGCACGCCAUUGUCCACAACAGUUCAGAACUUGUUGAAGACCACACGCUCCGCAACCUUACUCCUGGCACGGCCUACAACAUCACUGUGGCUGCUUGCACUGGUGGGGGCUGCACUCGGAGUUCCUCGGUCCAGGUUGUUACUGAAGAAAGCACCCCAGAGAAUGUCCCAGCACCACUGGUCACGCCGUUAUCCCCACAUGCACUGAAUGUCAGCUGGACAGCUCCUGGUACACCAAAUGGCAUCCUAACCAGUUAUGGUGUUUGGAUGGAUGGUGUUCUUAUUUCAAACUCCAGUUCCUCUCAGAGGUUUUUGGUGGUGAAGGAGCUUUCCCCGUGGAGCAAACACAUACUCAGGCUGCAGGCCUGCACAGCGCGUGGUUGUGGCAAGGGACCAAUGGUGGAAGUACACACAUUAGAGAUGGCCCCGGCAGGCCCAGUCCUGCUCGAAUUGGCCAACCACAGCUCUCGGUCACUAAGAGCCCGAUGGACUGCUCCUCCCAGACCCAAUGGCUACAUAAGAUACACACUACACUAUAAAAGUGAAGAUGGCGAUGCGGUGCUGGACGGUGGCACGGAAGCCAGCAGGUGGUUGACUUUGACGGACCUGCAGCCGUACACCAACUACAGCUUCUGGGUCGAAGGUUGCAACACACGAGGCUGUGUUGAGAGCUCGGUGCUUAAUGCUACUACGUCUCCUGCAGCUCCAGACGGACUGUCCACCCUGAGACUAACUCACGCCACAAGCAGAAGUCUAAAUGUGUCUUGGUCCGGACCAGCCCGCUCUAAUGCUCCGGGCCCUCUUCACUAUAGUCUACAAAUGAGGACAUCACCCGAGAGACCAGUGAUAAGGCUGCUGGAAAAUGUGACCGAUACUUUCUCCUACAACGUGCUGGGCCUGUCUCCGUUCACUCACUAUCUAUUCCGACUGGUGGUUUCACAUAUUCAUGGACAGACAACAGGCCUCUGGGAAGCCCUUCGUACAACAGAGGAACGUCCAGGUCCACUUGACCCGCCUACUAUAUCAAGACUUCAUUCGCAUAACGUGACGGUCACAUGGAUCCCGCCCCUCCAACCAAAUGGCAUCAUAAUAAGUUACAGCCUCUAUCUACACUCUGACUCUGGCUAUGUUUUAGAUAACAAUCCUGGCACUAAAUUGGAACCCAACUCAAAACAAAACAUCUCAAAGGGCCUCCAGACUCAAGAGUUCACUCAUAUAGGCAAUACCAGUCAAGGUUUUGGUCCAUCCGCUCCAUCAGUCAAUGUUUCAGGCAAUACCACAAUCUACACCUUCCUUCACCUCCUGCCAUAUCAUUUCUACAACGUUCAGCUGGAAGCGUGCACCAGUGUAGGUUGUUCAGUGUCCAAAACUGUGCAAUUUCAAACCUUUCCAGCCCCUCCUGAAGGCAUCCCUGCACCUCAUCUUUAUUCUGACACCCCUACCUCAGUUCUCCUGUCCUGGGGUGCACCACAGCGCUCCAAUGGAGUUUUAGAGAGGUGGCUGAUUGAACGCAGAGUUGCUGGGACGGAUGAAAUCUCCACAGUAGGCCAUCUUCCUCCAGGCCCUCUUCCUCUCUCCUUUCUGGACUCUUCAUCAGCACUUAGUCCAUGGACAAGUUACCACUAUAGACUUGUCCUUCAGAAUCAGGCUGGCAAUUCAAAAGGACCUUGGGUGGGUGUCACUACCAGACCUUCCAGACCUGCUGGUGUGAGUCCGCCAAGAGUCAAAGUGUUGGGACCAGAGUCACUACAGGUCACGUGGGCUCCACCUUUGAUUCCCAAUGGCGAGAUCCAGGGUUAUGACAUCCGUCUCCCACAGCCACGCAUCUUCCACAGUGGCGACACCACAUCUGAUCUUAAUGUCACAAUAAUGAAUCUAAUUCCUUACACAAACUACAGCGUUACUGUUUUAGUGUGUUCUGAGGGGGGUGGAUUUGUUGGCGGUUGCACAGAAAGUCUACCCACUCCAGCUACUACUUUAGCCACCAGCCCCCAAGGCCUGGCACCACUGUCAGUAGUGUCUGUCAGUGAGUCCUUUCUUGCUGUCUCUUGGCAACCUCCGCACAGACCUAAUGGACCAAACAUCAGAUAUGAGUUGCUACGACGUAAAAGCCACCAGCCGCUGGCCGUCACUGCGGUCCCCAUAGUAACAGCCCAAUUCCGUAACCCUUCGGAAGAUCUCCAUCGCUGGCUCCAUGUUUACUCCGGCACCAAAUUGUUCUACCAAGAUAAAGGCCUAAGCAGAUUUACCCACUACCAGUAUCAGUUAGUGGUACGCAAUGACAUGGGCUUCACUUCAGGAGAGAUUGUCUCUGCGGUCACCAUGGCUGGAAUUCCUCUCCACAGUCCAUCUCUGUUUGCAUACUCUCUCAAUCACACAGCGGUUUACGCCAACUGGACGCCACCAUCGUUGCACAACCUGCAGGGUGAAGUGGAGUCAUAUUUUCUCACAGUUGUCUCUGCUAACUCAAGACAAAACCUGGUCUUUCCCGCGGAAAUACUCUCCACAGUUGUGACUGACCUCUGGCCCCGGACCACCUACACGGUGUCAUUACAUGUGUCUAAUGGUGCACAUAAUACAACUAAGUCGAUAGUUAAUGUAACCACGCAGGAUGGAGAGCCAGAUGGAAUGUCCGCCCCAGAAGUGGUUCCAGUUAACAGCAGCACUGUCCGCGUGCUCUGGUCACCUCCUCUACGACCCAACGGGGUCAUUACUGCUUACCAGGUUUACGUUGAUGCCCGCUUCCACAACAGUGUAGACAACACUUCGGGGUCCUACUUGCUCAAGAAUCUGUUGCCUUUUACAGUUUACAAUGUUCAGGUGGAGGUUUGCACCGUUUAUGCAUGUGCUAAAAGUAAUGUUACUCAGACAACAACUGUGGAGGACGCACCCACGGACAUAGCACCACCACAUGCACAAGUAGUCAGUCCAAGGGUUGUCAAGUUGGACUGGUCACCUCCCGGCCGACCAAGUGGCAUCAUGAAGGGCUACGAGGUCUUAAGACGGACCUUUCGGUCAUGUGUCUCUAGGUCAGCUGGACACACGGCCCAUGUGUGGAAAAAGUCAGAAGAUGGAAGCAGCGGAAUUUUCACUUGCUCCUACUUGCAGUGUCCAUCUGCACAUCAUAUGUGUGGGACAUCAUGCUUCCACCCUGACAAACAGGUUUGCUGCACUGGAACAUUGUACCAGAAGAUCCAGCAUCAUUACUGCUGUGCAGGACAUUAUCUAAGCUUUACAAAUUCCACCAGUCCAGUCUGCUGCAAUGGCAAACUGUUGCCACCUCUCCCACACCACCACUGCUGUGGAGGAUACUAUGUUCACCUGAAAUCUGAUGAAUAUUGCUGCCCCGACCACUCGCAGGGCCGUGUCUCAGUGGGGCCGGGGGACAGCUGCUGUGGGGGCGCUCCCUACGCCACCACAGGCGGACAGCUGUGCUGCAGUGGUAGCCUCCACGAUGGCUACGGAGUUCAGUGUUGCGGAGGCCACAUCGUAGAUGAUGCACUGGUCUGCUGCGGUGGUGCUGACUCGGGACAAGUGCAUACAUACAUUCCAGGUUUCUCCUGCUGUGGUCAAGAGUACAUCAACUCCUCUACAUCUCUUUGCUGUAUGGGCAGUGAUGGAGUUCCAACAAUGCAUCCGUUGGGCAAUACAACAGUCAGACUGCAGUGCUGUGGGUCAAAUGUCAUUCUUCAAGAGCAAGAAUGCUGCAAUGGAGUUGGUUUUGAUUCUCAACGACAUGUGUGUGCCAGCAGGCCUACGCCAGGCCUUUCGAUUGAGAGUUUCUGUUUGCAGGGCACUGUGUGUCCUGUGUCCGCAUCCUCAACAGCAUACUGUGGUUCCUGUGACAUUGACCCAUCCACAACUGCCUGCACAUGGGUCCUGUCUGCACAUCCUGACACUCCCUCCACUACAUACUCACCUACAAUCAACGCCACAUCUGAAGCACUCAUCCCAGCAUCCUCCACACAUAACAACAUCAGUCAUCUGCACAAUGGCGUUGGAAGUGAUAGGGCGGGUUUGUGCCCAUCCCACGAGGAAGUAAUAUACAGUGGUGAUGCUAAAAGAUAUACAUAUACAGAUUUGAACUUGGAGCCCUUCACCAAAUACGAGUACAGAGUGACGGGCUGGAACAGCUUUGGCCGAGGCUCUAGCGAUGUUAUCACAGUGACCACCACUGAAGACAAACCAUGGGGAGUACCCCCACCUCGGUGGAGACGUCUGGAUGAACGGAAUGACAUCAUUCAGUGGCACUGGCAAGCACCUGCUCGACCUAAUGGUGUCAUAACCCAUUAUGUGAUACUGCGUGAUGGACAAGAGCGAUACCGUGGUGAUGAGAAUAGUUUCACAGACAUGGGUGUGAUCAGCCAUCUCCAAGAAUUCAGUUACCAGUUACGGGCCUGCAACAGUGCUGGAUGUACUGAUAGCACAAAGAUGGUGGCAGUAACAGUUCAAGGAGUCCCAGAGGGGGUGCAGUCUCCAGUGGUAAGAGCUUUGAGCCCCUCCUCUCUUCACAUGAGCUGGGUCCGACCCACAAGUCCCAAUGGAAGAGUGCAGUGGUAUCACCUGAACCAGACUGGUGUUGGCACCAUAUUUACACACACACAGGCACCCGGGAAUUAUACAGUGACUGGUUUACAGCCAUUCACAGACUACACUUUUGUGCUGGUGGCCUGCACAGCUGUGGGAUGCGGCGCAAGUUCACCUUCCACAGGACGCACUUUACAAGCCGCUCCCACUGGUGUGUGGUCCAGACCUAGACAUGUGAUAGUCAACACAUCUGUAGUGGAGCUGUUCUGGGAUCAUCCGUCCAGGCCCAAUGGACUCAUCUCCCGAUACAGACUGCGCAGAGGCGGUCGCACUAUUUUUACCGGAGAUCACCGUGACCAGAAUUAUACCGACGCUGGACUCCUGCCAGACCGCAGGUAUGUUUAUGAACUGGAAGCCAUCACAGGCGGUGGUGCUGGUUUGAGUGACAAACAUGUUAUAAAAACACCAUCCUCAUGUCCCACUGGGAUCCCAGCUCCACACAAUGUGACAGUGAGCGGCCCCCACUCCAUCUCCUUGGCCUGGACCCCUCCUGCUCGCUUCAACAUUAGACAACCUCUAAAUUAUAACAUCCUCUUGAAUCCUGGAAGUGAAGGGGCCACAAUGCAUCCAACGGGUCAAGACCUAAACCUCAUUGUGAAAGGUCUUCAGCCUUUUACCAACUACUACGUGCGUGUACAAGCUUGUCAAAGUGAAGGGUGUUGUGUUGGAAACGGUGUGAAUGUUCGGACUUCGGAAACUGUGCCCGAACAUUUAUCGCCACCCACAGUAACAGCGGCUGGUGCAAGUUUCUUGGAGAUCCGUUGGUCUCCACCCAAAAAACCCAAUGGCAUCAUCACCUCAUACCAUAUAUACAGGUCCCCUAUGGAAACAGAGGAAGAACUGCUAGUUUUCAUCUGGUCCAGUGGACCACUAGAGUUUUUCGAUGCAAGCCCCUCCUUACAGCCCUUCACCUACUACCAGUACAGGCUUCAAGCCCAUAACUCAAAAGGCUCGGUUUUCAGCCGCAGAACGUUAGCCCGGACACUGUCGUCAGAACCUAAAGAUAUGAGCCCUCCCACAGCCACGCCCACUGGUGCAUACUCCAUUUAUUUGAAAUGGGGUGGACCAAAACAACCCAACGGAGUCAUUUCUCAUUAUAAACUGCUUUACAAGAAGCACCAGCCAGACCCAACACUUAACUCACCUGCAGUAACUGCACUUACUGUGGAGGGUUCAACCCUUGAAGCAAACAUCUUUGGGCUUGAGCCGUACAGAGAGUAUAGUCUACAAGUGGAGGCUGUAAAUGAAGCAGGUAGUGUGUCAAGUUCAUGGGUCACCAGAAGCACCCUGGAGGCUUCUCCUUCUGGAUUAGCUAACUUGACUGUGGAGCAGAAAGAGCAGGGCAGGUCGUUGCUGCUCAAAUGGGAUCCACCAAUUUCUCCAAAUGGAGUCAUCACGAUGUACAAUUUAUAUAGCGAAGGAAACCUGGAGUUUAGCGGGCUCUCGCGCAACUUCCUGUUUCGGCGCUUGGAACCAUGGACUGCGUACACUCUGACUCUUGAAGCUUGUACGUCAGCGGGAUGCACGCGUAGCCUCCCUCAGCGUGUUACCACUGAUGCUGCACCACCGGCCUCGCAGCCCCCUCCCACAGCCCUUUCCGUCGGUUCAGACCACGUGUCGCUCACCUGGGGAGCGCCCGCACACCCGAACGGGCCCAUUGGCGAGUACUACUUACUGGGAAGAAGUCUGGAUCAGGUGGGCAGGGGAAGAAGGAGAGAUGAGGAUGUUCAAAGAGAGAAAGUGCUGUUUAGAGAAUCAUCUCCACAAGAAAAUGACACUUUCUCCUACACAGUGACUGAUUUACGCCCUUGGACUCAAUACGAGUUUGCCGUACGUUCUCACAACCCCGCAGGCCCUACCCAGAGCUCCUGGUUAACCGUAACCACCAGGCAAGCCCCCCCUCGUGGCCUUGCCCCACCGACCGUAAGUCACCUUCAGGGCCAACCCAGUGAAGUAUUGGUGUCGUGGAAUCCUCCUCUGGAACCCAAUGGCGUGCUCCAGUCUUACAGAAUCCAGAGAAACAAUAUGAGCUUCUCCUUUAGUUUUGACCCAACGGUGCUAAGCUACACUGACGAGGAUCUUCUUCCUUUUGCAAAAUACAGCUAUUCAGUCAUAGCCUGCACUUCCGAGGGCUGCACCACAAGCCCUUCCACUAACAUUACCACAUUAGAGGCUCCCCCCGCUGCCGUAGAGCCUCCCAUGGCGAACUCCAUCACGUCCAGCAGUAUGAAUGUUACAUGGACUAAACCGCCCACCCAAAAUGGGGAAGUGACUGAAUAUGUCCUCAAAGUGAACCGUGAAGAAGCUUAUCGUGGUAGAGAGAUGAAGACCAUUGUGGUCAACCUCGAUCCUCACACAUCAUACCAGCUGGUGCUUUUGGCAUGUACCAGUGGUGGAUGCACUGCCAGUGCAACAAUUUCCACUGUGACAGAAGAGGCUCCUCCUUUGGACAUGUCUGUUCCCAAUCUUAAGGUCACAGGUCCUGAAUCGGUAGAAAUCACCUGGAGACCACCACAGAAACCCAAUGGCAUCAUCACAGGCUAUGAACUUCGCAGGGAUGGUCAACUAAUCUACGUGGGCCCUGAGACUCAUUACCAUGACUUCACUCUUCUGCCCAGUGUGGAGUACAGCUACUUUGUCAGGGCCAACAACAGCAGAGGGGCGGUGAGCAGCGCCGCAGCCACAGCGAAGACUCAUGCGGCAGCUCCUUCAGGGGUUGGUCCCCCCUUUUUGUCCCCACUGGCGCCAAAUCAGGUGAAAGUGGAGUGGAACAUUCCCGCCCGUCCUAAUGGAGAAAUUAUUAGUUACACAAUAUAUCACAGAGAGCCGGUCCAGCUCCGUGUCAGCAGCACUGUGUACACUCCACAGGACAGUGUCUUCUUCGAGAGACGCACUUCUCUGCAGGAGCUUUAUCCCUAUCGCAGGUAUGAGGUUAGGUUGGAGGCAUGCACAGAACUGGGCUGUUCCUCCAGUGACUGGUCUUCCAUUCUCACACCGGAGGCUCCCCCCGCCGGACAGGCGACGCCCCUGUUGGACCUGCAGCCUGACAACCACACCGGCCUCCACACCACAUUCCUGCUCACCUGGUCACCUCCGGCUCAGCCAAAUGGGAGGUCUCCUCAUUACGAGGUGUACCGCAGAUUGGAACACCCCACCGAUAGCUACAUGAGUGAUGCAGCGACACUUAUCUACAAUCAAUCAUCCACAAGUUGCAAGGAUGAGGGUCUUCUGCCAUAUACUGCUUAUCAAUACCAGCUGUGGGCAGUGAACUCAGCUGGCCGUUCUCCCAGUCAGUGGGUCGGUGGAAGAACAGGACCCGCCCCACCCGAAGGUCUCGCUCCGCCCGCUUUAAGGCGCAUCUCAGCCACCACGGCUGUGGUGGAUAUGCAUCCUCCUGCUCGGCCCAACGGCGUCAUCAGCCUUUACCGGGUGUUCUCGCUGGGCCGCAACGAUGACAUCACUCUGCUCUCAGAGGGAACAUCCCAUCAACAGACACUUCAUGGUUUACUGCCUUACACGCAGUACAAGAUCGGAAUAGAGGCCUGCACCUGUUAUCAGUGUUGUAGCCAGGGACCAGUAGUAGAGCUACGCACCCUAGCCGCCCCCCCAGCCCGCCAGCAGCCUCCUCGUCCUGUCACGCUGACCUCACGCUCUGCUCAGCUGGCCUGGUUUGAGCCUCUGGAGCCCAAUGGAAUCAUCGAGAGCUGUGAGCUCCAUCGCAGAACAGCCUGCCCGCAGCCCCCCCAGCCUGUGAGCCACCCUUGUGUUAAAGGCCCUCAAGACAUCACAUUCUUUGGCAAGAGGCGCAGCUACAAUGUGACAGAUCUCCAGCCAUAUUCUGCCUAUGAGCUGAGAGUAGCCUGCUUUAACAACAUGGGCAGCACCGCCUCCAACUGGACCACUGUUGUCACUCUCACUGAAGCUCCACAGUACGUGUCGCCUCUUUCAGUUGGCAGCAACCUGACAGUCAUUUGGCUGGACUGGACCGGUUCCUUUGCCUUGAACGACUACCUGAGGGAGUAUACGGUGACCGAGAGCCAGCUCAGGAUCUACAGCGGCUUCCACAGCUACCUGCAUGUUCCGCGCACAUCACAGAAAAUGCUGUCAUUUCAGGUGACUUGUACGACAAACAGUGGCAGUGCCACCACUCCUACUGUCAGAUAUAGCCCUGCUACAGGCCUUGGUCCUGUUGAACCAGAGGAUGCAAGUAAAGAGGGCGUGAGCAUGUCAGCAGCCCCGAUCUAUUCUGAGCUGUGGUUCAUUCUGCUGUUUGCGCUUCUGGGUCUCUUCUUGUUGGCUAUCCUGUUAGGCCUUCUACUGCAAAAAGCUCUAAGGAAAAAUCCAUCAGCCAGAGAUCGCCCCCCGCUGGUCAUGCUUCAGAAGAGCAGGAAGGCUGGAGGAGAGACUUACACGUUUGACACUGUAGCAGACCGUGUCGAGAUCAACAAUGUAACGCUUAAAAGUUACACAAUUUACACCGAGGGUCUUUCAGACACCAAACUAGUGGGAAGCGGUUCUGCAUUCAACCCCAUGUCCGUCCUGAGGGUGCCCAGGCAAACGGACUUGACCCAGACCUACUCCCAUCAUCCUUUGCACCAAAGCCUCACCCAGCUGAUUGACAGAAAGGCUCUUGUCACGGACGAGGGGUGCUGGGAAAACCCCCUGGAACCAGCAAUGUAUGUGGAGGAAGACUUCGCAGACACCAUCAAGUCUUUAAGCUGUGUGAGGAAGGAACACGCUACCUUCACUGAUACACAUCUUUAA